UAAAUAAAAACCAUCGAAAUUGUAAAAAAAACUUGGAAACUUUUCUUGAAAUCUUGGGUGCUUAAUCAUGUACCAGAUUAUAAUUGGGGAUGUUCUAUCUGGAAAUGGAUCUUCAGGAACAGGGCAUUCAGGGGUUCUGCAAGAGUGGUUUGGAAUUCAGUGGUGGAACUCACGUGAUAUUGCUAUCUUGUUCACUCUCGUGUUCAUUUUUCUGCCACUGGUCUUGUUAAGGCGUGUGGAAUCUCUCAAGUACAGUUCUGCCAUAGCAGUUCUUCUUGCUGUGGUUUUUGUUGGCAUAAGUUCUGCCAUGGCAAUCUAUGCCAUCUUUGAGGGAAAAACCAGCAACCCAAAGUUGAUACCAAGCUUGGACAAACAAACCUCCUUCUUUGAUCUUUUCACUGCUGUUCCAGUCAUUGUCACAGCCUUCACUUUUCAUUUCAAUGUUCAUCCAAUUGGUUUUGAGCUUGGCAAGCCCUCUGAUAUGAUAUCAGCGGUCAGAAUUUCACUGGUGCUUUGUGCAGCAAUCUAUUUCUCCAUUGGACUUUUUGGGUAUCUUUUGUUUGGAGAUGCAAUCAUGAGUGACAUACUUGUCAAUUUUGACAAAAGUUCAGAUUCAGCAAUGGGUGCUCUGCUUAAUGAUGUGGUCAGAUUAAGCUAUGCACUUCAUCUGAUGUUGGUUUUCCCACUGUUGAACUUCUCUUUAAGGGUCAACUUAGAUGAACUUCUCUUCCCUAAAAAGCCACUUCUGGCCACAGAUACCAGAAGAUUUGUGAUCCUCACUCUUGGUCUGCUAGUCUUCUCUUACCUCGCAGCAAUUGCCUUCCCAAACAUUUGGUAUAUCUUUCAGUUUCUAGGAUCAACCUCUGCAGUCUGCCUUGCCUUCAUUUUCCCUGGUGCUAUUGUUCUAAGGGAUGUACAUGGCAUAUCUACAAGAAGAGAUAGAAUCAUGGCGACUAUAAUGGUGUUCUUGGCAGUAGUUACAAGCGCAAUUGCCAUUUCCACCAACAUAUACAAUUUUUUCGGGACCAAGUCAUGAUUGAUUUUCCUUUUCCUCAUUUUUAUUGUAGCUGAGGUGCUUGUAUUCUAUUGUAUUAUUCAUAGCAUGGCUUCUUUAGAGUUCACAAACAUUCUCUAUCACAAUGAUAUUACAUGAUGUUUGUACCAAAAGAAAUGAUAUUGCAUGAUUUGGUGCAUUACAGACA